UGACAUUCGAUAUGUCGGGAAUUGUUCGGCCAGAGCAACAUAUAAAAAAAUUUGUUUUUAAUAGUAAGGGAAGUGAAGAAAAUCUUGAAAUAUUAAUUCCAGAGCUCCUACAAGCUGGAUACAGUUUUUACACUUGGCCCUGUGCCCCGUUCUUAGCAUAUUUCUUGUGGGAGAAAAGAGACUGUUUAGUUGAUAAGCGUGUAUUGGAACUAGGUUGUGGAACUGCUUUACCUGGAAUAUUAGCUGCAAAGUGUGGAGCACAAGUGACUUUAACUGACAACUGUUUGUUGCCUAAAACUUUAAAACACAUAAGACAGUGUUGCUUAGCAAACAAUCUGAGUCCAGGUCGAGAUAUCGAUAUAGUUGGUCUCAGCUGGGGACUUUUGUUAAAUAGCAUAUUUAAUUUAGGACCAAUAGAUUUAAUAAUAGCAUCAGAUUGCUUUUAUGAUCCUGCAAUUUUUGAAGAUAUACUAGUAACAGUUUCUUUUUUAUUAGAGAACAAUCCGAAUUCGAAAUUCAUUUGUUCAUAUCAGGAGCGAAGUGCAGAUUGGUCUAUUGAGGGUUUAUUGAAAAAGUGGGGUCUAAAAGCUAGUAAUAUUAAUAUAGAUAAUAUUGGGCAACGAAGUGGAAUCAAUUUUAACGAUCUGAUAGGUGGUCAUACAAUACAUUUAUUAGAAAUUGUAAAGUAUUAAAAAAAACAAUUUUAUAAUAAUGGCUACAACUACAACCAGAAAUUUAUACAAACUUUUUAUCGGAAAUCUAUCUUGGACUGUUGGGAAUCAUGAGUUAAAAUAUUACUUCUCGAAAUUUGGACAUGUUGCUAAA